ACAAGCAUUUAGCCCAUAACAGUGACCUACUUAAAUUGAUUUCAUGGCCCAAGAAUGAGCUAUAUAACCCAUGACAUGAAAAUAUGUACCAGCAAUUUCUACAGACUCUUUCAUUCUAAUGUUCUCUGAUUCUCCUAAAAAACAAAAAUACAAAAAAAAGCUUUCAAACCCAAUUCCCUUAGUCCAGAAGAGAAGAUUCUGACUUGAGAGCAGUGCAUGUGAAAAAGAAGUAAGGAUUUUUAUCACAGGUCGAUAUGUGAAAACGCUGCAAUAUGGGGACAAAAAACUCACCUGUAAGGCUCCAUCAGGGAUCCUGCAUUUCCUCCUGGGAAUCAUAUUUUAAGAGAAAUUAACAACCUAGACUGUGUUCAGAGAAGGACAGUGAAGAUUUUGGUGUCUACAGUGAGAAUCCUGUAAAAUGAUUAUGACUGCACCUCCCUCCUGUGAGAGACUGUGAAAUGCAGGCAGGAAACAGCCCCUCCCAGGUUAAGCGGAGGAGCUCUGAAGCUUGGCGUUGGCAGGAUUUUUGCCCAGCUUCAAAGGGAUUUGAAAGGUGGUGACAGGCUCCAGCCCAGACUGCGCCUCGGAAUGCAGACGCUUCUCUGCCUAGAACCUGGCCCGGCCCUAUGGGAAAGCCCCGGUUCUUGGCGGCACUGAACUGGUUCAUAUUCUAAAGAGAGCAGGCACUGAGCAAACGUUUAUUGAACUGAACCAAUCUGCUGGUUAUGGGGAUGUGACCUCCACUUCAUCGUGUCGAACUAAACAAACACAUAUUUCUCCAGACAAAUAUUGAAACUGGUGAACUUCAAAAUAAGGUCUCAGCCAAAAUGAGUGAUACCCCUUCUACUGGUUUUUCCAUCAUUCAUCCUACGUCUUCUGAAGGUCAAAUUCCACCCCCUCGCCAUUUGAGCCUCACUCAUCCUGUUGUGGCCAAGCGAAUCAGUUUCUACAAGAGCGGAGACCCCCAAUUCGGCGGGGUCAGGGUGGUGGUCAAUCCUCGCUCCUUUAAGUCCUUCGAUGCUCUGCUGGAUAACUUGUCCAGGAAGGUGCCCCUACCUUUUGGAGUGAGGAACAUCAGCACCCCUCGGGGCAGGCACAGCAUCACGAGCCUGGAGGAGCUGGAGGACGGCGAGUCGUACCUAUGUUCCCACGGCAGGAAGGUGCAGCCUGUAGACCUGGACAAAGCCCGUCGGCGCCGGCGGCCCUGGCUCAGCAGCCGGGCCAUCAGCGCACACGCACCGCCCCACCCCGUAGCCGUCGCUGCUCCCGGCGUGACCCGCCCCCCACGGAGCCUGAUGGUCUUCAGGAAUGGCGACCCGAAGACGAGGCGCGCGGUUCUUCUGAGCAGGAGGGUCACCCAGAGCUUCGAGGCAUUUCUACAGCACCUGACAGAGGUCAUGCAGCGCCCUGUGGUCAAGCUGUAUGCUACAGACGGAAGGAGGGUUCCCAGCCUCCAGGCAGUGAUCCUGAGCUCUGGAGCUGUGGUGGCAGCAGGAAGGGAGCCAUUUAAACCAGGAAAUUAUGACAUCCAAAAAUACUUGCUUCCUGCUAGAUUACCAGGGAUCUCUCAGCGUGUGUACCCCAAGGGAAAUACAAAGUCAGAAAGCAGAAAGAGUAGUAACUGGAAAGUUUUUAUAAUCACCAGUGACUUGCUAGAUGCAGGGACCAGCUCACAGAUUUAUAUUAUUCUGUAUGGACAACAUAGAAGUUCAGCCCCCAUAUAUCUUUAUGGAACAGAUGGGGCUCGAUUUCAGGUUGGCCAUGAAGACAUAUUUACUAUAACAGUUGGAGACAUUGGAGCACUCUUUAAGAUUCGUAUUGGUCAUACCAACUCUGGACCCUCCCCUUCCUGGCACUGCAAGGAGAUACAAUUGCAUAAUAUGAAUUCUGGAAAACAGUUUUAUGUACCUGUUCAACGAUGGUUGGCGCGAGAUCAAGAGGAUGGGGAAAUCUGUCGAGAAUUUCCUCUUUUAAGUAAAGGACAACCCGUCCUUCCAGUGACAAUAUAUGAAGUGAAUGUGGCAACGGGUGAGCUAUGGAAUGCUGGAACAGUAGCAAACGUCUACAUUUCUAUCCAUGGGGAAAAGGGAGAUACAGGAUCCAGACAACUAUUUAGAUCGAAGAGCUCCUUCAAUUUUUUAAGAGGACAAACUGACACCUUUUUCCUGGAGGCUGUGCACCUUGGAGAUUUGUGUAAGAUUGUGAUAGGCCAUGAUGGACUUGGCCCAGGAAAUGGCUGGUUUCUUGAUGAUGUUGUUAUCAAGGAUCCCACAACAAAUUACGAAUAUGCCUUCUUCUGUCACAGAUGGCUAGAUCAGGGAGAAGAUGAUUGUAAAAUUGUCAGAGAACUGUAUGCCAGGGAUAACAGUAUCUUCUCUGCGAGGCAGAAGCUGGAACUUAAGAGAAAAGAAACAUGGACUGCAGAAAGCUGGAAGUUUACAAAAGGAAAUACUCUUCAGUUCUAUAACAAGCUGACUGGAGGGUUUGUCCGUUUGCAUCCAGAUGGCACAGUUGACGCCAUUGGAGACAAGACAGACAAAUAUGGUGUCUUUGAUGUUAUUUUCAACAAAAGAAAUAUAUGCAUUUUCCAAAGUCAUGAGAUGAGGCAUCUUUCUCUUGCUCUUGACAAUGGCAUUGUCACUGGAAUGGUUAGUGGUGAAGCCACCACUGAGCUGCGAGUGCUUUAUCAGCCUAACCGCUGUGCACUUCUUGAGUCGGCACUGGUUCCUGGUCACACAGUUGUUUUUGAUCGUCAUGGCAAAAUAGCUGAUGCAUCAUCAGCAGGCUAUGCAAACCUUUCAAAAGAAUUUGUGAUUUUUGUCAAGGGGGUGUUCCUCAACAGUGCUGUGGUUCUGCUUGCUACGAGCCUGUGUCAGGCCCUGUGUCUCCAGCCUGAUGGAAGCUGCUCUGGAGUGGGAAGCCAGUCUGAAAAAUCCUACUGGAAAGUGCAUAAAAUCAGCUCUGGGAUUUGCAUGUUUGAAAGUGUGAAAAAUGCACAAAUGUAUCUAAGAAUCAAGGAUGGCCGAUGCGAUGGAACAGGUACAGGAGAUGUUGACUGUCAUUUUAAAAUUAAGAAGAACUUGAAUAAUGCAUCUAUAAGCCUGGAAUCUACGAAGAGCCCAGGAUUGUUUGUUGGACUUCAGUCGGAUGGGCAGGCAAAACCAAUGAUUUAUACCAAGGAUGAGAAUGUUUGCUUCUAUCCACAAGUCAUCCAAUUUGGCAGAGAAAACCCAAUGGGAAUGUCUGCAACACCCAGCCAAGAAGAAGAAAAGAUCCAUGAGUCAAAAAAACAGAAAAAAAUACCCCCAGAAUCUGAGGCUAGGAGUCCCUUACCUUCUUCAACUGCAAAAGAAAUCAGACAUUUCCAAAGUAGUGAGACUCUUCUGUCAGAAGAUGAAUGGAAGGUGUUAGUGCUGACAGGAAAUACAGGAACUCAAGCCAAUGUCACUCUCUGGGUGUAUGGAGAUAAAGGAGUCACUGGGCCAAUAAGUCUUCGCAAGGACAACUCAGAGCAGCUCUUCCUUCCAGGACACGAGGAUGAGUUUCAGGUUGAAAUAAGAAGCAUUGGAAACAUAUAUAAGAUAAGGAUAGGACAUGAUGGAACCAGUGAGCAAUCCGAGUGGAACUUGCAGAGGGUGACCAUGCAACAUACGAAAAGCAAGAAGAUCCUAGAUUUUACAGCAAACGUGUGGCUCUCUCGGAUUCAGGCAGAUGGGGAUGUUGUCUGUGAGCUUCCUGUAGUAAAAGGAGGACAAGCUAUUUUUCCAUUAGUGAGAUACCAGGUUGACGUCUACACUGGGCAGCUGAAGCAUGCAGAGACGGAGUCUGAGGUUUUCCUCUGUCUUUUUGGGGAGAGGGGAGACUCUGGCCUCAGACAGCUGUACAAAUCUAACAUGCAAGUAAAAUUUCAAAGAGGACAGAUUGAUAAAUUUCAAGUAGCAGCAGUGUCGCUUGGAAAACUGCAGAAGGUGCUGUUGCGCUGUGAGGCCAGUGACAAAUCACAGUACUGGUACUGUGAACAAGUCAUAGUCAGAGAGCCCGGCACCACAUCCGAGUCCAUCUUUACCUGUCAAAGAUGGCUUCCUUUCAUGUCUCAGGGCAUAAUUCAUUCAGAAAUUGAACUUUAUCUUCAAGAAAUGCAAAUAAAUCAUCAACCUAAAAUACAAGAGGAAGCAAAUGAUGGAGACUGGAAGGUGACCAUUGUCACUGGGGAUCUUGAAAAUGCCGGCACCACAGCAACAGUGUUCCUUUAUGUCUAUGGAGAAACGAAAUGUUCAGGUCCUAUUAUUUUGGGAUCUGGGAAACACCAGCUGUUUAACCCUAACACUGCAGAUAUAUUCAAGAUUAAUCUCAAAGAUAUUGGUGAAAUCUAUAAAAUACGUAUUGGACAUGACAACACUGGAAAGAAUCCCAGGUGGUAUCUGGAAGAAGUUAGACUUGAAAAUAUAGCCACAUAUGAGCUAUUUUGUUUACCUGUUGAUUCCUGGAUAGCUGAGAAUGAAAAUGAUGGAGAUCUAUGGAAGGAAAUACCCAUCAUGGGAACUAAGAAAGCACCUUUGCCAGUGGUGCUUUAUGAGAUUCACAUAUAUACAGGCACAAUGACAGGUGCAGAAACAGAGUCUAAUGUAUUUAUCAACCUCAUCGGUACCAGAGGUGAUUCAGGAAAACGAAGACUUCAUCAGUCCAAAAACAAUGAAAUCAAGUUUCAGCGUGGACAGGUUGAUAUUUUUUCCAUUAAGGCUGUAUCUCUCGGAAAAUUGAAGAAAGUUCUGAUUAGUCAUGAUGGAACAGGUCCAGGUAACGGAUGGUUUCUUGGGAGUAUUGUUGUCAAGUCUGAAGAUGAAGACAGCAGUGAAGAGGUGCUGUUUCCAUGCAACAGAUGGCUAGAUGAGUACCAAGAUGAUGGCAAGACCCAGCGGGAAUUGCUCGCAGAAAGUAGUUCCAGUGCAGGAGGAGAGACGGCUACCAUCUCCUGA